UGUCAUUCAGGUAGUGGCACGCACAGCUAAGACGUGGCGGGAGGUUCAGGGCUUGGUGUCCAGGCUGUCAGGGCCGCGGGAACUCUAGCGCGUCCUUUGUUGAUAGGGUGCUCAAACCUACGGGAGAGGCGGGCACCGGCGGCUUCACUUCCAUGCCCGCGCCCCGUGCCGGCCGCUGAUGGAACGCGCAGCCCGCCCGGGGCCGCUUGCGCGGUCGCUGUUACUGCAACUGCUGCUGGCGCUAGUGGUGCGGACGGAAGCUUCGGGGCGCGCCGCCGACCGACCAGCGCCGGCGUCAGAGGCUGCGUUUGGCUUAGGGGCCGCGGCCGCUCCUACCUCGGCCGCGCGAGUGCAGGCACCUGGGGCCGUGGUUGUGGCUGAGGUGACGGUGGAGGAUGCUGACGCGUUGCCGGCGGCCGCAGAGGAGCAGGAGCCCCGGGAUUCCGAGCCGGACCCAGAUACCGAGCUGCGGCCGCGCGGCAGAUCAUUAGUGAUUAUCAGCACUUUAGAUGGGCGAAUUGCUGCCUUGGAUCCAGAGAAUCAUGGUGAAAAGCAGUGGGAUUUGGAUGUUGGAUCUGGUUCCUUGGUUUCAUCCAGCCUUAGCAAACCAGAGGUUUUGGGGAAUAAGAUAAUCAUUCCUUCCCUGGAUGGAGACCUUUUCCAGUGGGACCGAGACCAUGAGAACAUGGAAACAGUUCCUUUUACAGUUGAAUCACUUCUUGAAUCUUCUUAUAAAUUUGGAGAUGAUGUUGUUUUGGUUGGAGGAAAGUCUCUCACUACAUAUGGACUCAGUGCAUAUAGUGGAAAGGUGAGGUACAUCUGUUCAGCCUUGGGUUGUCGCCAAUGGGAUAAUGCUGAAAUGGAACAAGAAGAUACCCUGCUUCUGCAACAUACCCAGAAAACUGUUAGAGCUGUUGGACCUCGUAGUGGCAAUGAGACGUGGAAUUUCAGUGUUGGGCACUUUGAACUUCGGUAUAUUCCAGACAUGGAAACUAGAGCUGGAUUUAUUGAAAGCACCUUAAAACCCAGUUGGAACAAAGAGUCUGAAAUUAUUUCAGAUGUGGAAGAACAGGAAGCUGCCCUUGUGGACACAGUGAUAAAAGUCUCAGUUGCUGAUUGGAAGGUUAUGGCUUUUAGUAAGAAGGGAGGACAUCUGGAAUGGGAAUAUCAGUUUUGUACUCCCAUUGCAUCUGCCUGGUUGGUUAAGGGUGGAAAAGUUAUUCCCAUCAGUCUUUUUGAUGAUACUAGUUAUGCAUCUAAUGAUGAAGUUUUAGAAGAUGAAGAAGACAUUGUAGAAGCUGCCCGAGGAGCCACAGAAAACAGUGUUUACCUGGGAAUGUACAGAGGGCAGCUGUAUCUUCAAUCAUCAGUCAGAAUUUCAAACAAGUUUCCUACGAGUCCCAAGGCCUUGGAAUCUAUUAAUAAUGAAAAUGCAGUUAUUCCUUUGCCAACAAUCAAAUGGAAACCUUUAAUUCACUCUCCUUCCAGAACUCCUAUUUUGGUGGGGUCUGAUGAAUUUGACAAAUGUCUUAGUAAUGAUAAGUUUUCUCAUGAAGAGUAUAGUAAUGGUGCACUUUCAAUCUUGCAGUAUCCAUAUGAUAAUGGUUAUUAUCUACCGUACUACCGGAAGGAAAGGAGCAAACGGAGCACAAGGAACACACAGAUGACAGUCAGAUUUCUCGACAACCCAAAUUACAACAAGAAUGUCCGCAAAAAGGAUCCUGUUCUCCUUUUACAUUGGUGGAAGGAAAUAGCUUUAACUAUUCUGUUUUGUAUCAUAGCAACAACUUUUAUUGUAUGCAGACUUUUCCAUCCUCAAUUUCACAGACAAAGGAAAGAAUCUGAAACUCAAUGUCAAACUGAAAAUAAAUAUGAUUCUGUAAGUGGAGAAGCUAAUGACAGUAGCUGGAAUGACAUAAAAAAUUCUGGAUAUAUAUCACGAUAUCUAACAGAUUUUGAGCCAAUUCAGUGCAUGGGUCGUGGUGGGUUUGGAGUUGUCUUUGAAGCUAGAAACAAAGUAGAUGACUGCAAUUAUGCUAUCAAGAGAAUACGUCUCCCCAACAGAGAAUUGGCUCGGGAAAAGGUAAUGCGAGAAGUUAAAGCCUUAGCCAAGCUUGAACACCCAGGAAUUGUUAGGUAUUUCAAUGCUUGGUUGGAAGCGCCACCAGAGAAGUGGCAAGAAAAAAUGGAUGAAAUUUGGCUGAAAGAUGAAAGCACAGAUUGGCCGCUCAGCUCUCCUAGUCCAGUAGAUGCACCAUCAGUUAAAAUAUGCAAAAUGGAUCCUUUCUCUACAAAGGAACGUAUUGAAAUCAUAGCUCCUUCACCACAAAGAAGCAAGUCUUUUUCAGUAGGGAUUUCCUGUGGUCACACAAGUUCAUCUGAGAGCCACUUCUCUCCACUGGAAUUUUCAGGACCAGACCAUGGAGACACCAGUGAGUCAGCAGGUGCAUUGUACAACUUCCAGGACAGUUGCCUUACAGACUGUGAUGUGGAAGAUGGUACUAUGGAUGGCAGUGAUGAGGGGCACUCCUUUGAACUUUGUCCUUCAGAAGCUACUCCUUAUGUAGGAUCAAGGGAGAGAACCUCCUCUUCAAUAGUAUUCGAAGAUUCAGGCUGCGGUAAUGCAUCUAGUAAAGAAGAGCCCAAAACCAGCCAAGUGCACAUUGGCAACAAUUAUGCUAAUAAAAUAACUGCUACCAAGCAUUCCAGUAGCAAAUCUUCAGAACCUACUUUGUCUGUUUCUCUUCCAAGACCAACCUCUUUAAGUCUAGAUCUCACUAAAAACACUGCAGACCAACGCCAACCCAGUUCACCGAAAGUGUAUCUUUACAUUCAGAUGCAGCUGUGCAGAAAAGAAAACCUCAAAGACUGGAUGAACAGCCGGUGCAGCAUUGCAGAAAGGGAGAGGGGUGCCUGCCUGCACAUCUUUCUGCAGAUUGCAGAGGCGGUGGAGUUCCUGCACAGCAAGGGGCUCAUGCACAGGGACCUCAAGCCUUCCAACAUAUUCUUUACAGUGGACAACGUGGUCAAGGUUGGAGACUUUGGAUUAGUGACAGCAAUGGACCAAGAUGAGGAAGAACAGAUGGUUCUGACUCCAAUGCCAGCAUAUGCGAGACACACAGGACAAGUAGGGACCAAACUGUAUAUGAGCCCAGAGCAGAUUUAUGGAAACAACUACUCUCAUAAAGUGGACAUCUUUUCUUUAGGCCUCAUCCUGUUUGAGUUGUUGUACCCAUUUGGCACUCAGAUGGAGAGAGUCAGGAUCUUAACUGAUGUAAGAAAUCUCAGAUUUCCACCACUAUUUACUCAGAAAUAUCCUCAUGAGUAUACAGUGGUUAAAGACAUGCUGUCUCCAUCCCCCAUGGAUCGGCCUGAAGCCACAGACAUCAUUGAAAAUGCUAUAUUUGAAGACUUGGAGUUUCCAGAAAAAACAGUGCUCAGGCAGAGGUCUCGCUCCAUGAGUUCGUCAGGAACAAAAACAUUCAAGACCACCUAGCAACUCCCAUAGCCCUUUGCCAAGCAGUUAGCCUUAUGUUGUGCCUGUACUCCUGAUGGGUGACGCGGAAUAGUCCACUUCUCAGGAAUGUGACUUUACAAAAUUGUGGACUUGAGAAUUUUCUUUUUGCUCAGUUUUUUUGACUACUUUUCUAAGCCAAAUUUAAACUGAAUUUUGAGGUAUAACCUAAUUGGAGCCAACUCUUGAUUUUGCUGUACUCAAGAAGAGAAUUAGCACUGAAUCACAUGUGGUCUUUUUCUUUGUUGGUCUUGAAACUUGCCUAGGGAGGUGGAAGCGAUCUGUAAAAUUAAUAGACAUAUUCUUAUAGUACAGAAUAAUGAAAAUCCCUGCCUUUGGUAACUAGAUUGUUCUAGAAACAUGCUUUCUAGGGAUACUGGUGAUUUUGAAACUGAUUUUCAAAAAAAACUGGCUCCAUUUUUAUCUCUGGUGGGUAAAUUAGGAGUCUGCACUAUUUUGGAGGACAAGUAGCACAAAUUGUACAGUGGUUUAUGGCCAUAGCUAGUUUUAUAGUGGCAUUUUUAGCAUUAAAUAGCUAUAUUCCUUAGAUGGUUCCAGGAAGAGUAUAAGAGCUUUUUAUACUUUAUAUCCAAAAAAGGGGAUGAAGCUUUUUAUGUAAAUUGGUCAAAAGUUCUGGUUUGGGGAUUUAAAAAAAGGGCCAUGGUAAGAAAUGAAUCAC